CCCAGCCCAGUAGCCCGAAAGGAGGAAGAGUCGAAGAGAGUGCGAGACUACGCGAGUCUCUCCGAUCUCUCUCCUCUCCCCCUUGGCUCUGAUCUCUCACCCGAGAUCCGAGCACGAAGGCGGCCGCGGGCGGAUCCGGCGAACUUUCCAACGCCGUGAAUCGCCCCCUCCCACGUUGGAGAGUAACUAGUCCAAGUGUUGGUGGAAAUGGCAAGCACGGCGUGCUUCGCGAUUGUUAGUAAGAACGACAUCCCAAUCUAUGAGGCAGAAGUCGGAUCUGCACCGAAAAAAGAAGAUCUGGCUUAUCAGCACCAGUUCAUUCUGCAUGCUGCUUUAGAUGUUGUUCAGGACCUAGCAUGGUCCACAAAUGCAAUGUUCCUGAAGUCGGUCGACAGAUUCAACGACCUUGUUGUGUCUGUUUAUGUAACUGCAGGUCAUGCUAGAUUCAUGUUGCUUCAUGAUUCACGUAGUGAGGAUGGAAUUAAAAGCUUUUUUCAAGAGGUCCAUGAGCUUUAUAUCAAGAUAUUCCUCAAUCCCCUCUAUCUGCCUGGAUCUCGCAUCACAUCCUCUCAUUUUGAUACCAAGGUCAGGGCUCUCGCAAGGAGGUAUCUGUAGGGAACAGUCAUGGAGGUACUAUAAGCUUCACAGCUAAUAAUAUAGAAGCAUGCAGAGAGAAGACAAAAUACACUACUUUUUUUUCUUCCAUUUAUUUCCUGCUGUCAUUAUUCAGACUCCUGAGAAAUGCUGAUUGUUUUUCUUUGGGCUUUCUCCAGUGCUUAUGAAACAUGAUUUCAAUUUUCACCCAUUUUGUUCUGUACAGGGAAAAUCUAUAGAAAUGUACCGUUUCCCUUUUACCGUAUAGCAUGGACACAUUGUAUUGAUUUCCUGUUUUCCGUGGCGCGCUAAGACACUCAAAUUUAGUAUUGUGAA